ACAGUACAGUGCCCCCAGCAGUGCUCAGUGCUGUUGCCUCUGCUGUGGGAGCAACAGCACUGCCCUGGCUGGGAGUCUCGGUGCGUCCCUGCCCUGCCUGGAAGCGCCAGGCCACAGCCGCUGCUCGGGGCUCGGCUCCCCUGCCCCUGCGCCUGUCCGUGUCGGACCCAAGCAGGGCCCGCAGGGCUCCGGUGGCCCCAGCUGGGCUUGUGCCCACAUCCUUGCUGCAGCAUGAAGAGGCUCCUGGGGCACCAGGAGCGUCCGAUGCCCAGCAGCACUUUGCUGUCCAGAGACAGCGAUGCCCACCAGCUGCCAGAGGAGGGCCUGCAUGGGCUGCACCGCGCGGCUGCCCGUGGCGACCUGGCCCGGCUGAGGAAGCACUGGUGGCUGAAGAGACUAGGCAAAAACUGUCUGGACCAGGCAAAGCGGACACCUCUGCACCUUGCUUGUGCGAACGGCCAUGCAGAUGUUGUUCGAUUCCUGGUGCAAGAGAAGUGCCUGCUGAACCUUUGCGACAACACUGGCAGAUCGCCACUGAUGAAGGCAGUGGAGAGCCAGCAUGAAGAAUGCGUGGCGAUUCUGCUAGAGCACCAUGCCGACCCAAACUUGGAAGUUUACAGAGGCAACUCUGCCCUUCACCUGGCUGCCGCAGCUCCCAACACAUCUCUAGCAGAGAUGUUAAUUGAGCAUGGUGCACACCUUGAAGCAAAGAACUGGGAGGGAAAUACCCCGCUUCUUCUUGCCAUCUCCAGCAAUCAUAAAGAGAUGGUAAACUUUCUUCUUCAAAAAGGAGCGACUGCGUGUGCUCAAAAUAUGUUUGGAAGGACUGCUCUUAUGUUUGCCGCUUCUGUUGGGGAAAUGGAUGUAGUAGACCUACUUCUUUCCUAUGGUGCCAAGAUUGCUUGCAAAGAAACCACUCCCGAAACAGCCGUGGAUUGUGCACUCUACUCGGGACACUUUGGCAUUGUCAUGAAACUGCUAGAACGCGCACGCUGUGAAAAGACGGGAGAAGCUUCUGCUGAUGCUGCACAAGACACAGCAGUCCCCAGCAAAAUCUGCUCUCGGAGGACUGAGCGUUUUCUAUUACACAUAGGUGCUUUGGAUGGAGAAGGCGCCCUGCCAGCUGUAGGAGCAGAGCAGGAGGAAGACGCUGAAUUGCCCACGGAUCACAAGGAUCGAGACAGACAGCUGCAGAUGGAACUUCCUGGUGCUCCUGAAAGUCUGUCUGCGUCAGAAGCCCCACCUGAGGCUACUGAGAGCCAGCGCAGGGACGAUGAGAAAGACGCAGAGCGCUUGCGAGAGGAAUUGGAGACAGCUAAAGCUGAGAAGAACCGAGGAAGGAUGGAAACUUGGGGAAUCCUGCCAGCAGUGAUCUAA